AUGGGGAUCGCCAUGUCCAAGGUAUUCGCGGCGCUGUUCGGCAGCAAAGAGGUGCGCAUCCUCAUCCUGGGGCUCGACAACGCCGGCAAGACCACAAUUCUCUACCGCCUGCAGGCCGACGAGAUUGAGCAGACGGUGCCCACGAUCGGCUUCAACAUGGAGACGCUGCAGUACAAGAACAUCAAGUUCCAGGUCUGGGACCUGGGCGGCCAGACGAGCAUCCGGCCCUACUGGCGAUGCUACUACCCCAACACGGACGCCAUCAUCUACGUCGUGGACUCGGCCGACGUCGACCGUCUCAAUAUUGCAAAGCAGGAGCUGCACGCCAUGCUCGAGGAGGAAGAGUUGAAGGACUCGAUCCUGCUCGUGUUCGCCAAUAAGCAGGACCAGAAGGGGGCACUGAACGCUGCUCAGAUUUCGGAGGCAAUGGGGCUCUCAGAUAUCCGCAACCGGCAGUGGUCUAUUAAGGAGACCACCGCAACACAAGGAUCCGGUCUUUUCGAAGGCUUCGACUGGAUCGUAACGUGCAUAAAGGGCGAGUAG